AUGCAGAACGACAACCAUCCGGCGGUGUCGUCGUCCACGACGUUCCACAAGCCUGCCGUCUCCAACUUGACCAAAAACUUGAUGUCGUCCACACCCACGCCAUCUCUGUCGUCCACCCACAUGGACUACGACAGCAGCAAUGUCAUCCAUAGUAAUGUUAAUAGUAAUGCCAGCGGCAAUGUUGAUGCGGCAAACAACUCAAGCAACAUCAACAUCAACAUUUCGAAUGAUCCGCCGUCUAGUGCUGUGAACGCCAGUAAUAUAAACGAUAGCAUCAAUACCAGUAGUGGUAUCAACCCUAGUGAUCACUACGCCAAAUACAACUCCAACAUAAACACUAACCACAAUGCCAAUGACAACGACAUCAUUGGCUCCAACAUCAUCAAUAAUAACGAUUCUUCCAAUUCCAAAAUCAAAACUAUUAUCAACUCUAUCAAUACUAAUACUAAUACUAACACUAAUGGUAAUACAGUCAACACUAACAAUUUGUUGCAUCCAAGUGCCAGAGUACCGACCGCCGUUCCGGUGACUGGAUCGAUAUCAUUCUCAUCCACAGAACCUACGUCGUCGUCAUUCCACUCGUCGUCUUACCGUGCACCUGGCUUCUAUAGCACUCCAGCCAACGACUCCAUCAAUUACAUCCCGUCUUCGCACAACACACCGACUGUAGUCUCAUCGUCGUACUCCUCGGUCCACUCCUACACGCCGUCAUUGCCCAACUCCAACAACCUCCAAAGUUUUACUUCGACCAAUUCCAACGUUAAUCCAUUCAAUUCCAGCAACACAAAUGAUAACCAACAGCAACAACAUCAACAACAUCAACAGCUUCAGAAUGCGACUAAACCUCUGGGCUUUGUACCCCAAUCGAUGCCUACCACCACCAUCUCCAUGGAUUCCGUCAACUCCACUUCCAACCGCGACUCUUUUGCAUCGGCUCUGUCUUCAUUCAAUCCUCUGUUUCCAGUUCAGCCAACCCCAACACCUCCAUUGAAUCAGAAUCAACUACAACAAUCUCAAAACCAACAGCAUCGUUUUCCAAGUUCAUUUGGUUCUGCUCCUUUUGGCUCUGCUCCAACAUCGUCAUCCUACCAUCACCAUCCAUACUCCAGAACAGCUAAUAGACCUAUACCAAACACUGCUUCUAGUUCUGUUACGGCAACACCACCUGUAGACUCGGGUUAUCUUUCAUCAUCUCAUCAACAUCAGCAACAUCAACAACAGUACAUCCAGCCUGAGCCUGACCACUACAUGUCGUACAAAGAGUUCUUGCACAACUUGUCAGUUCGUGAUGGAAAUAAUCCUCCGCCUGGUGAGAAUGCUUCCAUCUAUGAUGGGCAUUUGAACAUUGUCGAUUAUCCAGUCAACGAUCUCAUCUUAAUGCUCUCUUGCCUUCUCACUAAAAUCAUAGAGGCUAAUGACAAAUUGCAUCCCAACCAUUUUGAUAACACCAUUGCCAUGAGGCAGCGACUCAAGGAAGAGAGACGAAUGAAAAAGAUUCAACAGGCAGAGUUGAAGGAACAGAGAAGAUUUGCCAGACGUCAAGAGAGAGAACGAGUUCGGUCUGCUAAUAGACUGGGCUCGUUAACUACUUCCGAUUCGAACAUGGAGACCACCAGACAGCAUUCUGUAGGAGGAGCACUCAUUGUAGACGUUGAUGUGGUAGACGUGGGAGACGAAGACGACAACAUAGAAGUAGACCACGACGACUCAAACUCGCAUGGCAAUCCAAUAGAUAUAGAUUCUGACGAGGAUGAAGACGAAGACCUAGUUAUAGAUAGUCAGGAUGAAGAUGAUGAACAAGACGAAAUGAAGAACAAGUAUUUGGCUAAUGUUUUGGCUUUCCAUGGUACCAAUGUUCCAGGUAUUUCUUUACAUGCCUACCUAGCCAGAGUGUUGAAGUACUGUCCUGUUACGAAUGAAGUUUUCCUUUCGUUGUUAGUUUAUUUCGAUAGAAUCGCAAAGAAAGCCAACAACCUCAACCAGAAGAGAAAGACCUCAUCGCUGGGGGCCGGUGCUGGAGGCGCGGCCAUUAAUGAAGACACUGCUAAUGCUGGUGAUGCCGAGCAGUUGUUUGUCAUGGAUUCGUACAACAUCCAUCGUCUCAUCAUUUCUGGAAUCACGGUUUCGUCUAAGUUCUUCAGUGAUAUCUUCUACAAGAAUCUAAGAUACGCCAAGGUGGGUGGCUUACCGUUGGAAGAGUUGAACUACUUGGAGUUGCAAUUCUUGUUAUUGUUGGAUUUCAAGUUAAUGAUCUCAGUCGAAGAUCUUCAGAAUUAUGGCGAUUUGUUGCUUCGUUUCUGGAAACGGGAGCAAAUCACCAACGAGUUAGUGCACAACACCAACAACACCAACAAUAAUAGCAAUGCCAGUGCCAGCAACAUAGGAGAUCCUAGCGAUGUGGGAAACCAAAAGGAUGGCAUCAAGAGUUAG